AUGCUGUUUGGUGAGAUGAGCCUUACUCUGGAUGAUGUCUCUUGUCUGCUUCACUUGCCCAUCAGAGGAGUGUUCUGGCCCCCGCAACAUAUCACAAAAGCGACUGUUGUUGGACUUGUUGUUGAUUACUUAGGAGUGUCACAAUAUAGGGCGCAAGAACAUGUCCGUCAUUGCAGGGGUUCUUACUAUAAGCUGGAGUGCUUAUACGAUUUAUUCAAAAAGUAUAGAGCUGCUUCUAGAUGGGGAUAUGCGACCAGAGCGUAUUUGCUGAUGUUGGUGGGUUCCAAAAUUUUUGUUGACAAGACCUUUACGCUUGUCGAUGCCCGAUAUCUCCUACUAUUUACGGACUUGGACAGAUUAUCAGGAUACAGUUGGGGAGCUGCUGCGUUGGUUACCCUUUACAGUCAUCUUGGAGAUGCUUCUAUGUUUAGUUGCAAGCAGCUUGGUGGUUAUCAUAUUCUCCUACAUUGCUGGAUUUACGAGUAUUUUUCAACAAUUGAAAAAAGGGGAGAGAAUUGGAUACCAUCGCAAAAUUGUGGUCUCCCUCGAGCGAUGAGAUGGUCAUAUAGGCGUAAGUUGUUGUCAAUGUUGUAG